AUGCGGUGGCGGGACCGGCUGGCUGUGCUCUUCUUUCCAGAAGGCAUGAUGCUCACUGUGGCCUCACUGAUGCUCUUCCUUGUACACCUGAGUGUCUUUGCCAGCGACGUGCACAACUUCUGUGUCACCCACCACUACGACCGCAUGAGCUUCCACUACACGGUUGUCCUGAUGUUCUCCCAGGUGAUCGGCAUCUGCUGGGCCGCCAUGGGGUCACUCUACGCUGAGAUGACAGAUAACAAGUUUCUUCGGUGCUUUUCCCUGACCAUCCUGAUGCUAAAUGGAGCCAUGUUCUUCAACCGCCUGUCUCUGGAGUUUCUGGCCAUCCAAUACCGGGAGGAGAGUCACUGA